CGAGGUCGGAUAUGAAGACGAGGUUAAGCAACUGCGGGACUUAACCGCCAGGAUGGCCGGGCCCCAGCGGUCCCGAGGGUGGCCUGGGCCCCGAGGGGCGGGCCAGGUGAAGAGGGUCGCCGGCCUCAGCGAGGAGAUGAGGCUUGGAAGUUCUUUAGGACCCGAGCCGCGCGGCAUUACGCGCCGGGGCGGGGCUUCGCGCCGUUGGGGCCGACGCUGCGGUGAGGGGCGGAGCCAGCGCGCUCCUUGCAAGAUGGCGGCGUCCGGGACCGCUGGGCCGGCGGGGAACGUGUUCCCGUUCCGGGACGCCCGCGCCACUCCAGAUCCAGUGCUGGAGGCCGGCCCGGUGGCCCACGGGCCCCUGCCGGUGCCCCUGGUGCUGGACAACGGGUCGUUUCAGGUCCGUGCCGGCUGGGCGUGCCCUGGGCCGGAUGCAGGCCUGGAGCCGCGCCUCCAGUUCCGCGCCGUGUGCGCUCGCGGGCGGGGCGCGGCUCGGGGCGGGGCGGGCCCCCAGGUGGGCAACGCGCUGGGCAGCCUGGAGCCGCUGCGCUGGAUGCUGCGCUCGCCCUUCGACCGCAACGUGCCGGUUAACCUGGAGCUGCAGGAGCUGCUGUUUGACUACUGCUUCCAGCACCUGGGUGUCUCCUCGCAGGGCUGUGUUGACCAUCCCAUCGUUUUGACAGAAGCGGUGUGCAACCCACUAUAUUCACGACAAAUGAUGUCUGAGCUCCUUUUUGAGUGCUAUGGGGUUCCCAAGGUUGCCUACGGAAUAGACAGCCUGUUCAGCUUCUACCACAAUAAGCCAAAGACCUUGAUUUCCAGUGGGCUCAUCAUUUCAUCUGGGUACCAGUGCACACAUAUUUUACCCAUCUUAGAAGGGAGGUUAGAUGCUAAAAAUUGCAAGCGCAUCAAUCUGGGAGGAAGCCAGGCAGCUGGCUACCUCCAGCGUCUCCUGCAGCUGAAGUAUCCUGGGCACCUGGCAGCUAUCACACUCAGCCGCAUGGAGGAGAUCCUGCACGAGCACAGCUACAUCGCGGAGGAUUAUGUGGAAGAAUUGCAGAAAUGGCGGUGCCCUGACUAUUACGAAAACAAUGUGCACAAGAUGCAGCUCCCAUUUUCCAGUAAACUGCUCGGCAGCACUCUGACCGCUGAGGAGAAGCAGGAAAGGCGGCAGCAGCAGCUGCGGCGGCUGCAGGAGCUGAACGCCCGGCGGCGGGAGGAGAAGUUGCAGCUUGAUCAGGAGCGGCUAGACAGACUGCAGUAUGUGCAGGAACUUCUAGAGGAUGGCCAGAUGGAUCAAUUUCACAAAGCCCUGAUGGAGCUGAACAUGGACUCCCCAGAAGAGCUGCAGUCCUACAUACACAAGCUCAGUUCGGCCGUGGAGCAAGCUAAGCAGAAAAUCCUCCAAUCCGAAGUCACCCUCGAGGUGGAUGUGGUAGACAGCAAGCCUGAGACCCCUGACCUAGAGCCACUAGAGCCGUCCCUGGAAGACGUGGAAAACAUCAAUGAUUUUGAACCCUUGUUUUCAGAGGAAACGCCAGAAGUGGAGAAGCCGGUCGCCGCUGUCCAGCCCGUGUUUAACUUGGCAGCAUAUCACCAGCUGUUUGUUGGGACAGAAAGAAUUCGGGCUCCAGAGAUUAUCUUCCAGCCAUCUCUCCUAGGCGAAGAGCAGGCUGGGAUAGCGGAGACCCUUCAGUACAUUCUGGACAGGUACCCAAAGGACAUUCAGGAGGUGCUGGUUCAGAACGUUUUCCUCACUGGCGGGAACUUGAUGUAUCCUGGGCUGAAAGUUAGAAUCGAGAAGGAACUGUUGGCAAUGAGACCCUUUCAGUCAUCUUUUCAGGUUCAGCUUGCCUCUAACCCUGUGCUGGACGCCUGGUAUGGUGCUCGGGACUGGGCCUUGGACCACCUGGAUGACGAUGCCGUCUGGAUCACCAGGAAAGAAUAUGAAGAGAAGGGAGGAGAGUACUUCAAGGAGCAUUUUGCUUCCAACAUCUACGUCCCCAUCCACCUGCCAAAGCAGGCUUCACGCUCCUCAGAAGCCCAGGCGUCAGGCAAAGGCUCAGGGGCCAGUGGAGGCAGUGCUGGUGAGCAGGCAUAACAGAGGGGCCCCUCUCGGAUCUUGGGCCAUGUCGGCUAGUGUGGCAGGACAGUGACUGUGCUAGAUGUGUCUGGCCCAAGUCUACUGGGAACAUUGGGCUGCAAGAUGGAUUUCUCCUGGGGAGAACAUGAAGGGACACUGGGAGUUACCCUCUAAAACUUUCCCUUCCUCUGGGGGCUUCUGCAGUGAAGAAACUUCCAGUGACUUGGUGUCUUUGUUGAACCAAGAUGAGCGGUAGCGUCCGCUGCCUACAGUAGUAAAUGAAGACAGUGGAGGACAGAAAUGCCCGUAUUUGUUACUGCAUUUUAAAUCCCUUUUGGUUUUCGAAAACGUUUAAAAUGUAUAUUGUCAGUGUAGAUAUUUUUCUACAUUUAUUCAGAAGUUGUGUGAAUGCCCAGCAGUUUGAGGUCUUCCACAUACAUGUAAAAAGAUAAUAUUUAUGUAAUCAGAGUUCUCCACAAAACCUCAGGAGCUGUGAAUAUUUCCCUUUUCCUAUUACUUCCUCUUUCAAAUGAGAGAAAAGGGUCCAAAGAGGGAAAUCAAGGUGUACAGUGUAAGUCUGUUAGGGGCCUGCGUGGUGCCCACUUCUGAAUGGGCAGAAAUGGGGUCUUGGUCCAGCUUUUGUUCAAACUUUUUUUGCUGGAAACUUUUCCACCACAUGAGACCUUCCUACAAAUUUUUAAAAUUUUGUGCUUGUGUGUUUUGGCUGCGUAACAUUUUCUGGCCUUUCUAAAGAAAGAAGUGGGCUGGAGAAGGUUACUCCUGUAGCCUUUUCAGUGUUGCCAUACCUCAUUCCCUGCACCUUUGUAGCUCCAUCUUAGGUGGACAAAUGACCGCUCUCUUUUACAGAGAUUGCUUGGUAAGAGUUUCAACUCUCAAACACCCAGUAAUUGAGCCCAGAAGGCCCCUGAGAUGCUAGUGUCCUGUCUCAGGGUCCGUACGUUUCAGUGCCAUGGAGCCUCUAGCUCUGAUGCCUCUGAUGAGGCCACCUCAGCACCUGUUUGCUCAGACAGUUUACCAAGGGCGAGCACCUGGAACUCCACUCUUAGGGGCCUAGAAACUGAAGACCAAGAGGGGGCAGUGGUGAUUGUGGAGAAGGAAGAAAACUUGGGCCCACCCAAGAUCUCCCACGCGUUGCCAGUGAGCCACUGGCCGUCCAUGCUUGGGCCCACGGACUGAUGAGCUGGUAAUAACCAUGAGCUGCUAAGAAAGGAUAGAUGCAAAGAAGGCAAAAGCAGCCUCCAUGUGAGAAAUAUUUUCCUAGCACAUUUCCAGGGCUUGGUCCCUAGUGUGGGGCAUGCAGGAGGCAACCCAUUAAUGAUUAAUUGCUUUUUGACCUGGAGUCUUUUCCCCAUCGUCAGCAGUUUAAACAGCCUGAACAGCAGUGGUGAGUGGUCAAGAUGGCCAUGGAGGUCAAGCUGCCCUGAAGGGGAAGGUCCCUCAGUGGGCAGGUAAGCUGGGACACAUCAGUCAAACAGGUGUUUGUCCUCUUAAGGGUUCAUGUCGACUCAGGGAAUUGAGGAGAUCAGGGCAGCUCUCAGGGGUGGCCUCUUAGGGGCAUCAGGGCUCCUUUCUCUGGCUAAAAUGUGGUAGGGGUAUCCCCUUACUGCCCACUUAUGCUGUCCCUGCCUCCCACUGGCACCUGUGGAAAUAAACAGUUUUGCCAAAGGAACAAAUAAGGUAAAAAUGUAUGAGAGUAGAAGUUAAAAGUAAAAUAAGCGUUAAAAUAUGGGUAGACAAGGCUAACCCAAGAAAUGGAGAAACCAAAUUGGUAUGCAAAUACAGUAUGCAAAGAUUAUUUUA